GAGCGGUGUUCUGCAAAAUGGGCUCUCCGGCAGCGGAUCUGCGCAGAAGCGUUCCGUGCGUGCAAGUGCAGCGAACCACGUGGGUCCCCGGCGCGUUUCGGGUUCCGGCGGCUGCAGCCGGAGUUCAAGCCUAAGCAGCUGGAAGGGACCAUGGCCAACUGUGAGCGUACCUUCAUUGCGAUCAAACCAGAUGGGGUCCAGCGGGGUCUUGUCGGAGAGAUUAUCAAGCGUUUUGAGCAGAAAGGAUUCCGCCUUGUUGGUCUGAAAUUCAUGCAAGCUUCUGAAGACCUUCUCAAGGAACACUACAUUGACCUGAAGGACCGUCCGUUCUUUGCCGGCCUGGUGAAAUACAUGCACUCAGGGCCGGUAGUUGCCAUGGUCUGGGAGGGGCUGAAUGUGGUGAAGACAGGCCGAGUCAUGCUCGGGGAGACCAACCCUGCGGACUCCAAGCCUGGGACCAUCCGUGGAGACUUCUGCAUACAAGUUGGCAGGAACAUUAUACAUGGCAGUGAUUCCGUGGAGAGUGCAGAGAAGGAGAUCGGCUUGUGGUUUCACCCUGAGGAACUGGUAGAUUACAUGAGCUGUGCUCAGAACUGGAUCUAUGAAUGACAGGAGAGCAGGCCACAAUGCUUUCACAUCCAUGUCUCCUCUUCCCAUGGGCAGAGGACCAGGCUCUAGGAAAUCUAGUUAUUUAAAGGAACUUCGUCAUAAUUUGGAAGGAAGCUCUUGGAGCUGUGAGUGCUCCCUGUACAGUGUUACCAUCCCCUACCAUCUGAUUAAAAUGCUUCCUCCCAACGUAGGA